GCAAGAGACUUCGAUGAAGCUUAAUCGAUGCUGGUUGUUCUUUUCUCUACUCCCUUUGUAUGGACACAAGUUCAAGCCUCGGAAUGCACGUAGAGUUCUGUCCUUAUGCGAUUUCGGUGUGCCUAUUGGCUGCACGGGAUACUAGGUAUGGCGUCAAUAGAAUAAUGGAUGGCCACUUCCGCGCUCCGUCUGCCGUAUCAUCUAGUGUGCCUGCCUGAGUUUUAUACCCCUCUGCCCGUCACAUCAUUUGGCAGUACUUUCAGCGCAACAAAACUUUUUCAAUUGCUCUGUCAAUCCCAAUUGCCAGCAAAAUGCACAUCCUCGUCACAAACGAUGACGGCCCACCCUCGAACCAAUCUUCGCCAUAUGUCCACUCCCUCGUAACCUCGCUCCAAUCCGCCGGCCACACUGUCUCCGUCGUCCUCCCUCACACUCAGCGCUCCUGGAUAGGCAAAGCCCAUCUCGUAGGCAAAUCUAUCAAACCUACCUAUUUCCGCCCCGCACCUCUUUCCGAAUCCAACGGCCGUCUCUCCAACACCGGCACCACCUCUGCGCGUCCCUUGCCCGAAGAUUCAAAUGAGGAGGAAUGGAUACUCGUUGACAGCACGCCCGCUUCGUGCGUGCAGAUUGGAUUGCACCACUACUUCAAGUCGCGGGGCCCAAUCGACCUCGUCGUAAGCGGGCCGAACUAUGGCAGGAACACCACUGCGGUAUUCAGCCUGUCGAGUGGGACGAUAGGUGGUGCUAUGGAAGCAGCUGUUUGUGGUGUGCGCUCCAUUGCCCUCUCCUUCGCCUUCUUCAACCGGAACGACGACCCCGCUAUCAUUGCUGCUGCCUCUGCACACUCUGUCAAGGUGAUCGACUAUCUAGCCAAGAACUGGGAUCCAAACGCUCACCUGUAUUCUGUCAACGUGCCACUAGUUGAGAAAGUUGGCGAGCGCAAGACGCUAUGGACAGAAAUGCUGCAGAAUCGGUGGACGUCGGGGUCAUGCUUCCAGGAGAUAGAAGUACCGGAAGAGGAGGACGAGGGCGCCGAGGAGGUCGAGAUGCAGAUGCGAGAAGCAGAGGAGCGGGCAGGGAGGAAAGAACAGGGCGUUGAGGGCGCGAGCAGUGGAUACAAUACCCCGACUGGUGCCAACCAUGUGCGGUACACGCAUAAGCACUUCAAGUGGGCGCCACGGCUCAAAGACGUCUAUCAGAGUGUCGAGGAUGCCGAGCCUGGCAAUGAUGGCUGGGCCGUCAAGGAAAAAUAUACCAGCGUUACUCCACUACGGGCGAACUUCAUGCAUGUAGCUGGCUUCAAGGGAGAAUUGGAACUUUAG